CACCCUUCGAAUAGAAUGCCCACGUCCCUCGAAUAGCACUAUAACAAAGAUAAAAAUUAUCACUAUUGAUUAAAGGCUGAUAUAACGUUAUUAAUCAGUUGUGAUUCGCUUGUGCGCGGUUACUCAUUGUGAAUUAGUUUGUUCGCAAUGGGCGCGACGGGGAAGUUUAUGGUGGUAGCGCUACUGUCGUGUGCUAUAAGCGGAGUAACGUCCACCAUCUACAUCAUACUGUGCUGCCUUGCGCUCAUCUUCAGAUUCGACUGUAACACUGCUCAAACCAUAGUGAACACCUCCGAUUAUCUACUAAUUUCAAUUUACAAGCAAUACAUUCAAGAUGAGAGCUGUGAAACUUUUUUAGCAUUCGACGAUUUGACGGAAUCCAAAUCUGUGUUCGUGUUCACCGCAGUGUCUCUGGCGGUGUCGGCUGCCAGCCUCGUUGCUGCGAUAUCUUUAACUAUAGCAGUUCUUAGCAGGGGAUGUUGGUUCUACCUGGACUUUGGUGCGUACGUGCAUACCGGUUUGUGUCUCGCUGUGCUUGUGGUCGACAUCACUUUUGCAGCACAUUUCGGCUCCGACUACACAACGCUUACGGAAAAACUGAACGCAAACUCUGUAUUGGCACCGACGAAUUAUCUGAUAGACACCUUGAGAAUCGGUGCGUUCUUACUCAUGGUGCUGACAAUGAAAGGGUUUGUGGCACACGCUGUGAACUUGGUGCUGUUGGUACUAUUGAUUUAUUACUUGCACAGUAAAAAUGCCGAAGAGGAAAGACAGCAUCAUUCAAUCCACAGCCGAGGACUUUUAAAUGCGUUCGAACAACCAAGCUACAAUGAGCCAUGGCCGGUACAACAAGGUUGGACUUCGACUCUAGGUUCCAGUAACGCCCACCCUGGCUAUAUGUACAACGAAGGGCCUCCGCGGUCAUCUAAUUGGGAAUUCAUGCAGGGGAACCGUUUUCCAGGGCAGGACUCGCAUCCUCGUGCGGGGACAAUGCCACCCCGACCGUUCUCAUAUUCCGAGGACCCAGGUCUAACGCCUGCGAUGUUGAGACCCACUCCACCAAAGCCCUACACUCCGAAUCCGGAUUACAGCCCUAACCCGCGAUUGAAAUCUGUCCUGAAGCCUACUUAUUAGUGAUUAAUUUAUAUUUUGUUAUAAAACCAAUUAUAUUUAUGAUUAAAUGUAGACUUUCUGCUCUAUUGCUAAAACUUUUAAAGUUUAUUUUAAAUGUGUUGCUUAGAUCAAGUUGUACAUAACCUCUCAAAUAAUACAGACUGUAGAGUAAGGUUAGUGCAACUUUAAUUUUGUUCCUUGAUUAUUUUAUCAUUAAAAAUCUGUUUCUACUUUCUUCGUAGUUUCUACCAUACCAACGUCAUACUUUUAUCUAAUGUCAUGGUCGAUAGAUACAACAAACGGAAAUAAAUACCAUUUCCCUAUCUAUAGUAAUUUUACAAUUGGAGCUUGCUACAAAUCUACGUGGUUCCCUAACGCCAUCUACCGGAUACCCGAACAAAAACAUUAUUAUAAAAAAAAUAAUCUGUUCUUUGUUAUUAUUGUAGGAAGGGAUUUUGUAUUUAUUUUCCUAAUGUCAAAUUAACCGAAAUGUUAACUCUGUGUACAUUUUUAUUUACAUUCAUAAGUUUU